AUGGCGCAGCCGCGGCAGGCGAGGGGCGGCCAGCGGGUUGCAAAGUUGGAGGAAGGUCGCAGGCUUCUGCAUGGCAGCGGCGGUGGCAGGUCGAGAGAACAGGUGCCGACCGGGCUCACCAUCAGAGCCAAGGGGAGGGGUCCCCUGUACGUGGCUCACAAGAACAGCCCGCCCCGCGACACGCCGCCGUCCAGCAAUGCUCAGCAGCCUGCCAACCUCUGCUGGGGUGACUGCCCGGUGGUUGGCAACGGCGAGACCAGUAGGAACGGGUCUUGGAACGGGAUGGGCGGUCAGGUGGAGCAGGAAGCCAGCCGAAGGGAGCACAGCGGCGAUGGAGUUCAGGAGAGUGGUCCUGGACCUGGCAGUGCGAAUGGCUUUGCCAAUUUGCUCAAGACACAGCAUGCUGGGACGUUUCCUGGCCGGUGCGGCCCAGCAGGCAGUACCCAAUCGCAUAAACUGGGGCAAUCGAUGAGCUGGUUGAAAUACAACCUCGCGGGCACGCCCAGCCCCAGGAAUGGUGCCAACCCUGCUGCCGUUUCCGGGAUGGGGAAACUGGGUCAAAGGACUCAAAUCAGAUCCAUGGGUCAGGUUGAACCAAGCCGGCAGCCCACCACUCGGCCUAUGGUGGGUGUGCACCAGGUACCUCACACGGUGCCAGUGCAUGACGGCAACCCCAAGGACCCCUUGACUCCACGUGGGGCCCGUAGCAAGGGACAGACGAACACUGCAAGCAACCAAUCGACAGGCAUGCCAAGUUGGACGAUCGUCAGAAAGAAUGGGAAGACUGGCGCUGCAAAUGCGGACCAAGAUGGCAGCGCCCCAAGGGCGGCGAUCCCAAAGAGAACGUCCACAGCUUCAAGAACACCCACUGUUGCACAACCUGCCUUGUUGCGUCCGGUGCAAGGCGCCCUGGCCACACCGAGGGCUGCGAGCAUGCCAAGUCCGUUGCGCCAUGCCUGGCAGAGCGAGGUGGACAGUGCUGAUCGUGGCAUGGGAAUGCUCCAGCAGCGCAGUGCGCCGGUCGGUGGUCAGCGACGAGUCGAGCAGGUGCAUCAGCCUCUUGGGCCUAAGGUCAUCAGUGAACCAAGUGAAAGAGACUUUUGCCGCCACUCAGCGCCUGACUUGAAUGGCAGCGGCAAGCCACAGAUCCCCACCCUUCGAAUGGAUAGGAAGGUGUCAUCGAUGGACAAUCCCAAGACGGCGGCCCCAACAGGAAGCCCACAAUGUCUUGCCUGUGUCUCCAGCGUACUUUCGCAACCAGGGAAACUCGAUGCAGAUAACGGUUCGCUUCCUGGUUGCCACCUGGCUGGUGAGGGCUCCCUGCAUUUACAAGGUCCUGGGGCGUACAGGGAUGCAAGCAAUGGCUUUCCAGACCGAGUGGAGCAGCAGCCGAAAUUCAGUCCCAUCGCGGCACAGCUGUGGUCCCGGCAACAGACCGACACAAGCUGGGGGGAUGAGUUACCAGUCUGGGACUCGGAGCCCAAUGGACACAACAGCUGUUCCUCGACUGGUACCACAGCCUCAAGCUUAUCCUUGUCAGGGGAUGAGCAUGGCAAGAAAGCUGGAAAGAGGCGCAGCCGAAACAAAAGCUCCAGAAGGGGGGUCCGUGUUGCAUCUGGCAUCCCUGGUGCUGAUUUUGUUGACACACCAAGCCCGCCACCUACGGCAUUUCACAGUGGCCCAGGCAGUGUAUCUGCACUGAAGCGCAGCGCCAAUGGAUACGAUGCUGAUGUUGGCAUUGGAGCGGCAGUGCCUCUCGGGAUUGUCCAACGAGAUGUCCAAAGCAACGGUGGUGCUUCUGUCAGGGUUCGGCUGCAAGGCUCGGCAUCUGCAGGGUUCACAGGCGCUGGCAUCAACAUGAAUGCUUUUGUGUUGGGCCGGGCCCACACUACUGGGGUCGGGCAGCUUCCAUUCCCUGGGAGCUACCUGCAGAUGCCAUCGACUCGAUUCAAUGCCGCAAAUGGAAAGGAGAAUAGUCAUGGGAGUGGGGUGUUGUUCAGGCGGCCCCAGUCUCCAUCUGUGACGGCUGCACUCAUGGACCUCUGCUCGAAUGAUUUCUCGGGCAGCGGCACCCGAUAUCACGAGCGGGGUUUUACGAACUUGGGGAACACAUGCUUUGUCGGCAGCGCCUUUCAGCUGCUUCUGGGCAGCAGCAGGUUCUGUUGGCUUCUGAAGCAACUCAGCAUCGUCUGUCACUGCCUGCACCCUCGUGCGCUGCCCACACUUGUUGGGCUGGGAGAGCUGGCAAAAGGCAUGGCAGAGAGGAGGGGACCCAAUGGUGGGCAGAUAACAGUCCAGCAGGGCGCUCCUGGGUCGGGUGUGGCUCGGUCUUGCAAGCCAAUGAUGCCAACAAUGCUGUCUGCAGUGGUCAACGGAUUCCAACAGCGUCAUUCCCAAUCGGCAGAUGGGGGCCAUUGCGAAGAACACGAUGCUCAGGAGUUCCUCCUUUACUUGCUUGAGCAGGUCGAGGUGGAAUUGGUGAUCCUGAAAGAGGCUGUGGCCGAUGGGGAUGAUGGCCCAGGCCCCAGGCAAGGAAAGCAGGAGGAGAGCGACUGGGAGGCCGCUGGGCGCAAGGGCAAGUCCUCGACCAAGCGCCCGGCUGGCAGCCAAGCGGAGACAAUGCUGUCGGCCAUCUUUGGCGGGUCCGUGCAGAGCGAAGUCAAGGCAUCGGGGAUGAAGCCCUCCGUUGUCGUUCACCGCUUCACGGCCCUGGACCUUGACAUUGCGCCCUCAACAGUGCAGACCAUUGAAGACGCUGUGCAACUCUACACUGAGCCCGAUCACUUGACAGACUACAAGCCGACGGACUCCAGCCAACCGCAAAGGGCGACCAAGGCGAACCGCCUCCGUGACCUGCCAGAAGUGCUGCUGGUCAGCCUCAAGCGCUAUGCCUACACUGCUGAGGGGCUGCAGAAAAUUGACAAGCCCAUCGCGUUCGGAGCCGUGCUGUCCAUGCAGCGCCAGUGGCUAGCGGAUACCAAGCCGUCCCGGGUGGGCUACCGGCUGGUGGCAACGUGUAGCCAUCAUGGAAAGGGAUAUGGAGGAGACCACUAUACCGCCAACGUCCUUCAGCCAGUUGGCGUGUGGCUCAACUUCAACGACUCCCUCAUCAGCCAACUUGCGUGGCGGGAUGUUGCUGACGACGCUCCAUACAUGUUGCUGUACGAAAAAAUGCCAAAGUGA